UUUCCUAGCUGGAGUGAACUGCUCCCGCCGGCUGCCGGGGCUCAGAUCCUAAACCGGCGCUGAGCGACGUGCCCACCAGGGUGAUGCCCUGCUGGCUGCAGGAGACAGGAGCUGUUAAAUCCCAGUGCACAGUGUGGACUGCAGGUGGCAGGGAGGAUCAUGGGUUCCAUGUUCCGGAGUGAAGAGGUGGCCUUGGUCCAGCUCCUGCUGCCCACAGCGGCUGCCUACACCUGCGUGAGCCAGCUGGGUGAGCUGGGCCUCGUGGAGUUUAGAGACCUCAACGCAUCUGUGAGUGCCUUCCAGAGGCGCUUUGUGGUGGAUGUCCGGCGCUGCGAGGAGCUAGAGAAGAUCUUCACCUUCUUACAGGAAGAAGUACAGCGGGCUGGCCUGACACUGCCCCCACCUGAGGGGACACUACCCGCACCACCUCCCCGAGAGCUGCUGCGAAUUCAGGAGGAGACGGACCGCCUGGCCCAGGAGCUUCGGAAUGUUCGAGGCAACCAGCAGGCACUGCGGGCCCAGCUGCACCAGCUGCAGCUCCACUCAGCUGUGCUCAGCCAGAGCCACGGCCCCCCGAUGGCAGCUGCCCACACUGAGGGACCCUCCUCUGAGAGAACGCCCCUGCUUCCAGACGCUCGCGGGCCACAUGCAGACCUGAAGGUCAACUUUGUGGCAGGUGCUGUGGAGCCCUACAAGGCUGCUGCCCUGGAGCGCCUGCUCUGGAGAGCCUGCCGCGGCUUCCUCAUUGCCAGUUUUCAGGAGACGGAGGGGCAGCUGGAGGACCCGGUGACGGGUGAGCCUGCAACUUGGAUGACCUUUGUCAUCUCCUACUGGGGUGAGCAGAUCGGUCAGAAGAUCCGAAAGAUCACAGACUGCUUCCACUGUCACGUGUUCCCUUACCUGGAGCAAGAGGAAGCCCGGCAUGCCGUGUUGCAGCAGCUGCAGCAGCAGAGCCAGGAGCUUCAGGAGGUCCUGGGAGAAGCGGAACGAUUCCUGAGCCAAGUGUUGGGCCGGGUACAGCAGCUGCUGCCACCAGGGCAGGUGCAGAUCCGCAAGAUGAAGGCUGUGUACUUGGCUCUCAACCAGUGCAGUGUGAGCACCACACACAAGUGCCUCAUUGCCGAGGUCUGGUGUGCCACGCGGGACCUGCCCACCCUCCAGCAGGCGCUCCAGGAUGGCUCAAGUGAGGCAGGAGUGAGUGCUGUCGCUCACCGCAUACCCAGCCGGGACAUGCCUCCGACCCUCAUCCGGACCAACCGCUUCACCGCCAGCUUCCAGGGCAUUGUGGAUGCCUAUGGUGUGGGCCGCUACCGAGAAGUCAAUCCUGCUCCUUAUACCAUCAUCACCUUCCCCUUUCUCUUUGCUGUGAUGUUUGGUGACGUGGGUCACGGACUGCUCAUGUUUCUCUUCGCCCUGGCCAUGGUCCUCACGGAGAACCGGCCAGCCGUGAAAGCCGCACAAAAUGAGAUCUGGCAGACCUUCUUCGGGGGGCGCUACUUACUCUUGCUCAUGGGUCUGUUCUCCAUCUACACUGGCUUCAUCUACAACGAGUGUUUCAGCCGUGCCACUACCAUUUUCCCCUCGGGCUGGAGUGUGGCCGCCAUGGCCAACCAGUCAGGCUGGAGUGACAAGUAUCUGUCCCAGCAUCCCAUGCUCACCCUGAACCCCAACAUCACCGGUGUCUUCCUGGGACCCUAUCCCUUUGGCAUUGACCCGAUCUGGAGCCUGGCUACCAACCACCUGAGCUUCCUCAACUCUUUCAAGAUGAAGAUGUCUGUCAUCCUUGGGGUUACCCACAUGGCCUUUGGGGUGUUCCUCAGCAUCUUCAACCACAUGCACUUCGGCCAGGCACACCGGCUCCUGCUAGAGACCUUGCCGGAACUCAUCUUCCUGCUGGGCCUUUUUGGCUAUCUUGUGUUCCUCAUUGUCUACAAAUGGCUGCAGGUCUCAGCUGCCAGUGCCUCCACGGCUCCCAGCAUCCUCAUCCACUUUAUCAAUAUGUUCCUCUUUGCCCAAAGCCCGACCAAUCAGCCACUCUUUCAUGGGCAGGAAGUGGUACAGUAUGUGCUGGUGGUCCUGGCUUUGGCCACUGUUCCUAUCCUGCUGCUGGGCACACCCUUGUACCUGCUGCGGCAGCACAGUCACAGAAACACUCAGAGAAGGCCGGCAGGCCAACAGGACAAGGACAGUGACAAGCUUCUGGCCUCCUCCGAUGCUUCCACCUCGGAGAAUACCUGGAGCCCUGAUGAGGAGAAGGCUGGGAUCCCAGGGGAUGAUGAGGAAGCUGAGUUUGUCCCCUCUGAGGUCUUUAUGCACCAGGCCAUCCACACCAUUGAAUUCUGCCUGGGCUGCAUCUCCAACACAGCCUCCUACUUGCGUCUCUGGGCCCUGAGCCUAGCCCAUGCCCAGCUAUCUGAGGUCCUGUGGGCCAUGGUGAUGCGUAUAGGCCUGGGUAUGGGUCGAGAGAUGGGUGUGGCAGCAGUGGUGCUGGUCCCUGUGUUUGCUGCCUUUGCUGUGUUGACUGUGGCCAUCUUGCUAGUGAUGGAAGGGCUCUCAGCCUUCUUGCAUGCCCUGCGGUUGCACUGGGUGGAGUUCCAGAACAAGUUCUACUCAGGUACUGGCUAUAAGCUCAGUCCCUUCACCUUCACUGUGGACAAUGAGUAAAUCCACUGUGAUCCCUGCCUCUCCAAAUCGGGAAAGGAAUAAAGAACUGGCUGG